AUGCUAUUUUGUCCCACACUUGGAGUUCCGAUGAGCUUGAUGAAAUCCAGCUGGAUCACGGAGAUAACAGUCUAUUCAGUUCCAGUGGUUUCCAAAAGAUUAAGGGAGCAGCGAUUUUGCCGAAAAGACAGGGAUUUACAUACCUAUGGGUUGAUACAUGCUGCAUCAACAAAGCCAGCAGCGCCGAACUAUCUGAGUCUAUUAACUCGAUGUACCGAUGGUAUCAGCAAGCGAAAGUAUGCUUCGCGUAUCUUUCAGAUGUCAGUUUUAGCUUAG